AUGUAUCUCAUUCCAGCCAUUCUGUUGCCUGCCCUAGCACUCGCCAGUCCACUCGCCAACCGCGAUGUGUAUGCUGGCCCACCUGUAGACCAGAUCACUAUUCUGAGCGCUCAAUCAUCUGGUAAUGGGUGUCCCCAAGGAUCUGUCUCUAACACACUCUCCCCAGACAGGACUGUUGUAACAUUUGGAUUCGACGCAUUCCAGACCUACAUCGGCCCCAGUGCCGCCCAAGCAGACAAGACCAAGCAAUGCCAAAUCCACUUGAGUCUUCAGUACCCAGGAGGUUUCCAAUACGCAGUCGUAGACGCAACUUAUCAUGGUUGGGCUCGUCUUGACCCCGGCGUAACUGGAACAUUUAUUUCAAGCUACUUCUUCUCCCAAGCAGCAGCCCAGACCUGCUCAACCCGCUCCACAAUCUCAGGCUCUCAGUGGACACAAGGUGAUAUCUACACUAAGCACGACAGUAUAGAGUCUACAGCCGUGAUCUGGUCUCCAUGCGGCGCAACCGGUAUCCUCAAUGUCAACAACCGCAUUGCCCUGUCGUCAACAAACAGCACCCAAACCGGAGAAUUGUCUGACGAUGAUGCAACUGUUGCUUUUACUCAUCAAGUGCACGUUGCUUGGCAACCAUGUACACCAGCAGCCAGCACACCUGGUGGUCAGUUUACUGUCGGUGGAGCUACUACGGAGGUUACUGAGGGUUAA